AUGACGUCUCAGUGUGUUUGCUUUCCUCCCCUUCAGUUAUUCAAUCCGUGCUUUUCCCUCCCUUGUGUUAUCAGUCCAUGUAACGUCCCCUUAAACACCAGUCCAGCUUUCCUCCUUCAGUUAUUCAAUCCGUGCUUUUCCCCUCCUUGUUAUCUCAUUCCGUCUGCUUUCCUCCCCUUCAGUUAUUCAAUCCGUGCUUUUCCCUCCCUUGUUAUCUCAUGUAACCCCCUGCAGUCCAGAGUUAUUCAAUCCGUGCUUUUCCCUCCCUUGUUAUCUCAUGUAACCCCCUCUCCAGUCCAUGAAAGGUGUGUCACAGUGUGUCGUCCAAUGAAAUCAUGUAACGCCCUCCAGUCCAAACAUUCCCAUGACGUCACCAUGAUGUCUCAGUUCGUCUGCUUUCCUCCCCUUCAGUUAUUCAAUCCGUGCUUUUCCCUCCCUUGUUAUCUCAUUUAUUCAAUCCGUGCUUUUUCCUCCUUGUUAUCUCAUGAUGUCUCAACCCCUCCAGUCCAGAGGUGUGACUAUUCUCGUCCAAUGUCCUUAAACACCCAUGACGUCACAGUGUGUUUGCUUUCCUCCCCUUCAGUUAUUCAAUCCGUGCUUUUCCUCCCUUGUUAUCUCAUUUAUUCAAUGUGCUUUUCCUCCCUUGUUAUCUCAUUAACCCCUCCAGUCCUUCUAUUCUCGUCCAAUGAAAUUCAUGACGUCACAGUGUGUCUGCUUUCCUCCCUUCAGUUAUUCAAUCCGUGCUUUUCCCUCCCUUGUUAUCUCAUUUAUUCAAUCCGUGCUUUUCCCUCCCUUGUUAUCUCAUGUAACCCCCUCCAGUCCAGAGUUAUUCAAUCCGUGCUUUUUCCCUCCCUUGUUAUCUCAUGUAACCCCCUCCAGUCCAGAGGUGUGACGUCACAGUGUGUUUCUUUCCUCCAAUUGAAAUGCCUUAACCCCCUCCAGUCCACCUCGUCAAUGACGUCACAGUGUGUUUUGCUUUCUUUCCCCUUCAGUUAUUCAAUCCGUGCUUUUCCCCCCUUGUUAUCUCAUGUAACCCCCUCCAGUCCAGAGGUGUGA